AUGAUAGCUGUAUCCAAAAUGAAAUUAGCUGCAAAGACAUCUUGUGCAAAUCCAGUCGAGAUUUAUGCUCAAGGUGUUUCUGAGUUAGACGAAUGUUCCAAGUCCAAGAUGCCGCUUGAAGAAACCACUAAAAGAACACUGAGAAAUCAAAGAUCAAAAGACAAUCCUGUGGAUCCUAUUAGUCUUAAUGAUUUAAAGAUUGAAAGUAAGUACUAA